UUUUAAAGGGCCUUGAAUGGGAGACUGGGGCCAGGCAGACAGGAAUAUUUACGGUCUCUUCUCCCCGUGACUUUGUUGUUUCUCCGCAGUGCUGCUGACUUGGGUGAACUGUGCCAGCGUGCGGUGGGCGACCCGCGUCCAGGAUGUCUUCACAGCCGGCAAACUGCUGGCACUGGGACUUAUCAUUAUUAUGGGAGUGGUGCAGAUUUGCAAAGGUGAAUAUUUCUGGUUGGAACCACGGCAUGCCUUUGAGUUCUUCCAGACGCCGGAUGUGGGCUUAGUGGCACUAGCUUUCCUGCAGGGCUCCUUUGCCUACGGGGGCUGGAACUUCCUUAACUAUGUCACCGAAGAGCUGGUUGACCCUUACAAGAACCUGCCUCGGGCCAUCUUCAUCUCCAUUCCCUUGGUCACCUUUGUGUAUGUCUUCGCCAAUGUGGCCUAUGUCACUGCCAUGUCACCUCAGGAAUUGCUGGCCUCCAAUGCUGUCGCAGUGACGUUUGGGGAGAAGCUCCUGGGAGUCAUGGCCUGGAUCAUGCCUAUCUCCGUUGCCCUUUCCACCUUUGGGGGAGUUAAUGGAUCCCUCUUCACGUCUUCGAGACUGUUCUUUGCCGGAGCCCGGGAGGGCCAUCUCCCAAGCGUCCUGGCCAUGAUUCAUGUGCGACGCUGCACUCCCAUCCCUGCCUUGCUCUUCACUUGCCUUUCAACCUUGCUGAUGCUGGUGACCAGCGACAUAUACACCCUGAUUAAUUAUGUGGGAUUCAUCAACUACCUCUUCUACGGAGUAACCGUGGCCGGGCAAGUAGUGCUACGCUGGCGGGAACCUCAUCGGCACCGCCCAAUCAAGGUGAGCCUGUUCUUCCCCAUCAUUUACCUGCUCUUCUGGGCCUUUUUGUUGGUGUUCAGCCUGUGGUCAGAACCCGUGGUAUGUGGCAUUGGCUUGGCCAUCAUGCUGACGGGAGUGCCGGUCUACUUCCUGGGAGUGCACUGGGAACACAAGCCACCUGCCAUCAACACUUUCGUCGAUGCAGUGACCCGGGCCGGUCAGAAGCUCUGUUUGGUUGUAUACCCCCAAAUGGGUGGGGGGGAACCUGAAGAAAACCUCAGCAAAGAGACCAAAGAACAGCUCGAGCCAAUGUGUGUGACUGAAGACCUCCCCAGCCCUCAGAACUGAGCCCUCGGGCUGGGGAGGGUGUCAAAGCAGCCAGCUAUGGACUGCGGUGAGCUCUUCGCAGUGGGAGCUCUUCACAGCUAGUAUUUCCGACCAGGAGCGAAACACGCGGCAGUGACCCACCCUCAUCAGCGGCCCACUGAGAUUUCUACGGUAAACCCUGCUGGGGUUGGAGAACUGCCCCACACAUCCACUGCUGUUCGGCGGCCCCUUUGCUGCGGCUGGAGUAAGAGGGGGCUCCGCCCACAGCCACGCCCCCUGCAGGAAGGGGUCCCUUUGUUGUCGUUGCCUUAUAUUGUCGGGAAUAUUCUCUCUGGGCUUGAACCUCACGGGGCGGGGGAAAGCGUUGCCCCCGCCCCCAGUUUUGUGAACUUGACUUUUCCCAUUUGUCCGUCUCUCUCUCUCUCUUUUUUUUUGAUGUAAUAAAUUAAGCUGAACUUGUCA